AACUCACAUCUAGAAGCAAUUACCUUUCUCUCUCUCUCUCUCUCUCUCUCUCUCUCUCUCUCUUUCCAUUAGUCAACAGCCUAUAUAACUACUCAUCGACUUCUCUCAAGGGCCGGCCUUAAUGUUUCAGCAACAAGGAAAACAACAACAACAACAACAACAAGCUCUAGCUCUCUUCAUUAUUUCUGUUUCUGCUUCCAAAAUUGAAAAUCUAUACUUGUACUACUACUAAUUCUAGCUAUUACUAGUUUCUACUACUACUUGUUUUGGUUAUUAUUAUUGUUAUCAAUGGGAAGGUCUCCUUGCUGUGAAAAGGCUCACACAAACAAAGGUGCAUGGACUAAAGAAGAAGACGAUCGUCUUAUUGCUUAUAUUAGAGCUCAUGGUGAAGGCUGCUGGCGCUCACUCCCUAAAGCUGCUGGCCUUCUUCGAUGCGGGAAAAGUUGUAGACUUCGUUGGAUCAACUACUUGAGGCCUGACCUUAAACGUGGGAAUUUUACUGAAGAAGAAGAUGAACUUAUUAUUAAACUCCAUAGCCUUCUUGGUAACAAAUGGUCUCUUAUAGCUGGGAGAUUACCAGGAAGAACAGAUAAUGAGAUAAAAAACUACUGGAAUACACAUAUAAGGAGGAAGCUUUUGAACAGAGGAAUUGAUCCUGCAACUCACAGGCCACUCAAUGAGCCACCUCAAGAUGUCACAACACCAACUACAAUAUCUUUCUCUGCAGCUAAAGAAGAGAUUAUUAUUAACAGUAAUAAUAAUAAAGAAAAGAAAAAUACAAGUGGGGGAUUUGUUUGCAAAGAGGAGAAUAAUCAUCAUCAUCAAGUAUUAGUUCAAGAAAGGUGUCCAGACUUGAAUCUUGAGCUGAGAAUCAGUCCUCCAUCAUCACAACAAAACCAAACUGAGCCAUUGACAAAUGGAGUGAGAAGUAGUAGUCUUUGUUUCGCUUGCAGUUUGGGGUUACCAAAUAGUAAAGAUUGCAGUUGCAUGAGUAGCAUUGGAAUUGGAAUUGGAAGCAGUAGCACCAGCAACACUUGUUAUGAUUUCUUAGGAUUGAAAGGAGGUGUUUUGGAUUACAGAAGCUUGGAGAUGAAAUAAACAAACACAUAACUGGGGUUGAAUCAUGUAGCUGAAGUCUGAUGAUGAAGAUCAGAAAGGAGAGAAUUGAAUAUGAGAUUAAUAUAAAUUAGUUUCAAAUCUCUCCAAUUAUUUUUCCUUUUCUUUUUCUUUUUUUCUGAUUGCUCUCUAAUUUGUAUGUUUAUUUUUAAUUAGUGAAUAGUGGUACAGUACUAGUACAGAUGAUCAAUCGGUGAACAUUUUACAUU